AUGGGUGUUAGAGUGUAUAUCAUGCUUAAAAAGGCUGCAAAUGACUUCAACAAGUAUCCAAUUUGUAUAAGCAAACUGGAUAAUAGUAACAAUACCACUAAAUUGUAUGAAAGUUCAAAUCAAGAGAAGGGUAUAAUUAGAUCUAUUUGUAUAGAUGGUAUUGCUGAAUUUGAUACUAGGCAGAUGACAAUUGCUGAAUUGGUAGAGCCGUUUUGUGUUUUGGGGUCAGGGAGCUGCGAUGGAGUCAUUUCAGAUCCAUGUAAUAAGUAUGUGGAGCAUCAAAUAUCAACCAAGUCUGGAAUGCUUAGGAUCCGAGCAUUUAAUACAAAUCAUACUUGUCCUUUGAAGGAUAAAGUAUAUUCACAAAAACAUUCAACAAGCAUGCUGAUUGGUGGGAUUGUUAAGCCUAAGCUUGUUGAUCACAAGAGAAAAUAUACACCUUCUGAUAUUCGGAGUGAUGUGAAAAUAUAUCUGGGAGUUGAUGUUAAUUACUCGUUGCCUUGGAGGGCUAAAGAGAAGGCUUUGAUUUCCUUGAGGGGCACCACUUCUGCAUCUUACAACAAACUUCCUGCAUACUUGUAUAUGAUGCAUAUUACAUAUCCAGGCUCGCAUAUACGUCUGAAGAAAAUCGACAAAAAUGAGUUCUUAUAUCUUUUUGUUGCGUUGAAUAGUUUCAUACAAGGCUUUGAUCAUUGCAGGCCUGUAAUCAUUGUUGAUGGAAGUCACCUAAGAGGACAGUAUAAUGGGACGUUUAUGGCUGCAAGUACAAUGGAUGGAGCAGGUAUUAAGAUGUGUGUUGUCUCUAAUAGAAAUGAGAGCAUUAUAAAGGCAGUGACAAGAGUGUAUAAUAAUGUAUCGCAUUAUGCUUGUAUGUGGCAUUUGUGGGGUAAUGUUGAAAAGAAAUUUAGAAAAUCCUCCAAGGAGCUAAGUCCUAAAAGGUUGAUAUAG